AUGAACUCGAUCGCCCAGCUCGCCGCCCGCUCUGCCCGCCUCAAUGGCGCCUCGGCCCUGCGACAGGCAAACCCAAUUGCUCGUCGAGCCUUCACAAAUGGUCCCACCACCUCAAUCUCCCGCUUCCAAUCAGCCAACAAGUCCGGCUUGAUCGCCAGCCGCGCUCUCCUCCGCAACGCCGCCUCCAACAUCGCACGCGGACAGUCCCGUGGCGUCGUGACGGAGACCAUCACGGUCGGAGCCGCCAUCUACAGCGCUGGCAAGCUCAUCGGAGCUGGUGCCGCCGCAGCCGGUCUUAUUGGUGCCGGUACGGGUAUCGGAACGGUGUUUGGUGCUCUCAUCACUGGUGUUGCGAGGAACCCGGCGUUGAGGGGACAAUUGUUCUCAUGGUUUCUUAACGCAUUGGAGGUCGACCCUUUGACGCAUUCGAGGAGGUGGGAGUGUGGCGGAGGGAUGAUUGAGAAGGAUUCUGUGAGUAUGUCUCCAGCGCUCAUUAUCAUCGAUCUUCAAAAUGACUUCGUGUCGCCCGAAGGUACUCUUAAGAAGAAACACGUCCCUCUCGAACUACUGCUGCCUAAGCUGAAGUAUAUAUGCGGCAUCUUCAAAAGCCAGAACUGGCCCAUCGUUGCUGUCAGAUCCGAAUAUUCCAGCGAAAACAGGGACACUAGCUACAAUGAGUCAACAGAAGACCACCUCGCUGGUACUCACGCAGGGAAGCGCAAGUUCUGUACACCAGGUAGCGUUGGAGCGGAGUUGCAUCCUGACGCACAGGCUCUUUUCGAAGAAUAUGGAGCGACAGUUUUCACGAAGACGAUGUACUCUGCCUUUGCUGGCACUUCGCUGCACUCCCAUCUCCAAGCACAGAAUGUCGGUGCGGGUCCACUCUACUUUGCAGGUGUAACAGCCAACAAUUGCGUCCUCGCUUCCUUGACGGCUGCAUUCCAACUUGGGUACAAUGUCUGUGCCUUAGAGGAUUGCAUAGGAGCUACAAAUGAGAUUCUCAAGGAUUCCGCGUUCCGGACAAUCAGCAAGUAUUACGGCAGUGUGGUCUCAGGAUCAACACUCACACCCGAAUCUAUCAAAGAUGAGGCACAAACACCACACCGAAUACUAUACUGGGUCUCCGGCUCGAUCCCCUCUUGGCGCGUCAUGAUGGCUCUAUCCCUCAAAGGACUCCCAUAUACACGAAACAGACUCCAAGUAAUGUCAACACCGAAAGAGACUCGAGCCGACGAAUUCCUCGCCAUCAACCCACGAGGCAAAACACCAACGCUAAUCGACGUCGAUGGCACAAUCCUCAUCGAAUCUUUGGCCAUCCUGCAAUACCUGGAAACUUCGUACCCAACCCCACCUCUCGAGCCACCGAAGGAACAAAAAGCAGCGCAUACCCUCAUGCUACAACGCUUCCACGAAUCGGAAAAUCUGCACAAUGUCUUCGAAGACAUUGAGCUAACUUUUCUUAAAGAUUGGUCAAGGCCAGACUACAAAUUUCGCAUUUACGACGCGUACACGAAAACUAUCCAAGAACUCGGAUUUUGGGAGUCGUAUCUAAGCAAAACUGCUUUUGUAGCAGGCGAUGAGAUGAGUUUGGCGGAUUGCGCGUUCUAUCCAAAUGUGGCUUAUUUGGUACACCGAGGUCUGGAUCUGAAGAGAGAAGGAUUUGAGAAUUUAAAGAGGUAUGUUGAUGCGGUGGGUGGGAUGCAGUGUACGAAGGACGCUCUGCCAGUGCGGUGGGAGAACAGGGGGAAGAAUCUGUUUUUUAAGGUUUAUCAGGUUGUGGAGGAGAUGGGAGGGGUGGAGAGUUGA